ACGAAUAACUCUGCGUCCAGAAGCAUCUCUGUCGUGCCUCAAAGUGUUUCUCUCUUUCCCACAAUCACAACGCCUCGAAUUGGAAGAUGUUUCUUUAGAAGAGCUUACAAGAGACUGUAGCUCCGAGACCCCACCGAUACUAUAGAUAGCAACAACAAGACAACGACGACACGAUGUUCAAACUAAAGAAAGGCAAAAAGGACAAGGGCGAAGAAGGCGAUGACAUUAACGAACGCUUGGGUGGCAACAAAAAGGAUCGCAACAAGGCAUCCCGUCAAGCCGUGGAUCCAGCCGCUCGACCAUCGUACAAAGUCUAUGACAAGUCCAAACAGGCAGAAGUUGAUAUGGACGGAGAUUUCAUGAUUGACGAAAAUGGCGAAAUGAUCAUUGUGGGUGGAGGUGGAGGAGGAGGAGAAGAAGACGAAGAACAUUUGGCCGCCAUUCAAGAACAAGGUGAUGAUGCCGAAGAAGAACAUCAACCCGAUGGUGAUGGAGCCAAAGGAGGUGGUCAAGAAGGAGGAGGAGAAGGAGCAAAAGACGACGAGGACGAAGAAGAAGAUCGAGUCGAAUACGAUCGAUUCAAUCGAUUCCGUCACGACGACAGUCCAGCUGCCAACGAAGCCAAGGCCAAUCUGAUUUUGCAGAGUGCGGGAACCCAACGAUUGAAUCGCAUUCUACGCAAUACGGCCAUUCCCGAUGGUGCCACAGCGGCGGGACGCAAUUUCUUGGGCACCACCGAAACCAAAGUCCAUCGAGUGGAACGAGUCAGCAAUCCACACAAUCUGAACAGUGUCGCCAAAUUUGUAGAACGCAUUGUGUGUCCUCCACUCAAGGUCGAUGCGCACAGUAUUGGGGGAGAGCACGAUUCCUAUCCCGAACACAAAAUGAUUCAAGAAACACUCCUCUGUUUCAAAUUGCACGCAUUUGAGACGAGUGGAUCCACCGAAACGGUUCACAUGGGAUCCCUGGAACGACCCGCCGAAUAUGCCAAACACAAGCGUGGAUUGGGAUUCUUUGGAGUGGGAGGUGCCGGAAAGGGAACCAAUCGCAACAAAUUACGCUAUGCACUCAUUGUCCGAUCUACCAAUGCGCCACUCAUGGAAGAACGCAAACGAGAACAGACACAAAAACAGAAUGAAGCGCUGAGAAAAGAAACCAUGGAGGCAGAUGCCAAUCGAGAUCGUGAGGCCGAAAAGGAUGAUAUUGGAUACGAUACCAUGUACUCGGCCGAUGCGGCACUGGGACCGGGUCCGGAAAAUCGUCAUGGCAGUAUGAGUCACAUGAAUUCCAGCAUGCCAGAAAUGGGAGCUGGAGGUGGAGCUGCAACCAACAAUAACAACAACAACAACGAAAUGGAUGGGAGUUUGGGAGAUAAUACCGAUUAUUCCGAUGGGGGCGGCGACGAUGGUGACGACGAAAUCAACCCAAAUCUAUUGCGGAAUCCCAUGAUUCAUGGUGGGAGUACCAAAGGCGGUGUGGGUGCCAAGGGUGUGGGAUUUGCACCCGACACCAAUCUAAGUGGAAUGGAUGAAUUUGAUUUUGAAAUAUCCUCCUUUCCCGUGCUGGUUUGCAUGACGUUGUACAGUGACGGAACCAACCCCGAUGUGCGCAAACUGGUGCCACUCAGUCAACUGGUCAGCAUUCAGGAUCUACAGACCACUGUCUUGCAGUUGGGAUUUCUCAAUGGUGAUUCGGUUCGUUUGGAUUUUGGAGAACAAAAGGAGAAAAAGGGAACGCACGGGACCACCGUCGCCAAGGAACAACCCUUGGACGAGGCACAAGCCAUUGCUGGAUCCAUGCAGAAAGAACGGUUCAUUUGGUCACUGCUGCAAAUUCAUGCCAUGCUCUGUGUCACUGUGGUGGACGCGUACACAUUGAGAAUGGAGACACAGAAUGCGCAAGCAGCAACGAGCAAAAAGAAUGCGGCAGCGCUUGCCACCCUGCCACCUCUGAACGUCCGAAAUGUCGACAAGGCGGAACUGCAAUAUGUGGCUACUGUCAAUGGCUUUUUGAAUCAAUCACCAACGGUUCGUGCCUUGUUGGCUCGACAAAAACUGUUAGCGGAAGACAUGCGUCGAGAUGCCAGCGACGUUGGUGCCGGUGUGGGCUCAUCACUGUUGACGUCCAAAUCGACGCCGCUGAUUGACGAUGGAAUCACCAGCAGUAAGAGCAAAAUAUCCGACGAUGCCAGUGAAUCCAAACGAAAGGAGGCUAUUGAAGACAUGGAUAACUUGGCCUAUGACUUGAUGAUGGGUAACUUCACCACACGAGUGGCCAUUUUUCAUUCCGAUGAAGAAAGGAAGGAUGCCGAAGCAGUGCUGAACUCUACCCAGUGGACCUCUGGCCUCAAUAAAGAUGACACUGCAGCAGCUUCUGCGGCUGAGCGACUGGGGACAGCCUUGCAGCGGAGGAUGCGUGAUUUGGAAGCAGAGACAUGCCGUCGUUUGAUUGCCUGGGAAGAUGAGAAACACUCGUCUGCAUCUAGCAAUGCACACGCAUCCAAGGCAGCAAAUCGUGAUUCCGUGGAUGCGCUGUAUUUGGAGUCACUGUUCAACGCACUGGACGGCCUGGACAAGGAGCUGCAGGACAUGGAGAGUUGGUUAGGUGAGCGAGCUGCAGCCAUCAAGCCCAUGACAGAUGAUUGCCGUGAUAUUGAGGAAGAAAACCGACAGCUGGAACAACAGUGGAAAUCAUAUGAUAUGCUGGGAGGAGAGAUGAGGCGCCUUUUGAAGGGGUUGGAAAUUCAAGAUGAACUGGAUCGAGUGUUGAAGAAUCCAGCAUCGGCAUUGGUGUAUGACAAGGAAGGUAGAAUUGAUUUCAAUGAGAGUCAAGAUGGUGUGGACAACGUCCAUGAAGCUGGUCGGUCAUUGCAAGAUGCCAUGUUGCAUGUGCAGAAGUCAGGUGGUCUCCAUUUGAAAGCUGUCAUUGAACGUUCUGAUGCUCUCGAAAAGACGGCAGCCUCUUUCUGCACAGUCCUUGCACAGAUUAUUGUGACUAUCAUGGAACAGUUCAAAAUAGAUGUGGUUGCGACCAGCGACUAUGGCAAGGUGUCGAAAAGUGAUACUCAUACCAUGAUUGCCAAGAAGGUCCGCGACACUCAACGCAAGUUUCAGUCAUCACUGCUGGGCUACAUCAAGUUGAUUGAGAUCUUGGCAGAGUUGAGCCCUGAGCUCUUGCCAGCUGUUCGAGACGCUUAUUCUGAGAUGGUUGCAGAGGGAAUCAUGAUGAAGAAGCGAAUGAAAGGAUAUUUCCAGGCACUACCAGGCAAGAAUUCUUCUUACAUGAAGAACGUCUCUCGAGAUUUGAAAGAGUACACCCCAAGAUUCAAGAGUGAUGCAGAGGAGAAGGAGGGCGAGGGGAAGGUGGAACCCGCUGUUCAAGAGGGAACGGUCCAUGCCGAUGACAUCCGGUUUGCGUUGAGCGAGCUGCUGCCUCUGAUAGCCCGAGAAGCCUACUUCACAGCUGCUCUGUUUGGUCUGAGCAACAAGGCACAGGAUGGACGUGAUAAAAAGAGGAACUUCGAGGCUGCCAAGAAGAGUGUAGAUCAUUCUAGCCAGUACUUUGACUAUUACAUCCAGCGCACCUGUGGCAUCAUUCAAGACUUUGACGCUGAAGCUGCAGCGAUGAAUCCCAAUGCCUUCAGGGGAGAUCCGAUGCUUUGCCUUGUGGCCUCAAUCCACCUGAAUGAAACAAUGGAAAACUACAUUGAUCGAGAGAAGAAGGGAGGUGAUCACUCUUUGUCGCUGGCAUACGCUCGAGCCACAAUCUUGGAGUUGCGCAAGAAAGUGGACAAACAGUGGGUGUUAUGGGUUGAUCAUCAGAUCAAUUGGAUUCGAACACAUGCUGGCGUCCCAGCCAAUGGAAAGCGGGCUGGAGUCAUUCCCAGUUUUGCCAGAUUUCCCGUAUAUCUUGAUCAUGUUCUGCUGUGCUGCCGUGAGGGGAGAAAAGGGGAUUACACUCCCAACUUUGCAAACAACAAAGUCGUCAGCUACCACCUGCAAAAGGUUGCCUUUGCCUUGCUUGAGAGCUUGCGAGAAUGUGCGGAAAGAGAAAGCACAGAGAAAACAUAUGCUGCGAAUGUGUUGCAGAUGGAGAACACACACUAUUUCACACAGUGCAUUAAAGAUCGUGGUGAAGAGAUAUCUGCUCUUUUCCGCAGACCCAUGCAGAGAGCCAACACCACUUGUAAACAAAGCACAGAAGCCUACCUUGGGUGGAUGAUUAAGAGAGAGUUGGCUGUGCUACACGAUCUGUUCUCAAGGAUUGCCAAGAAAAGGAGAGAAACUGGAGACAAGGAGGUUUUGCAGGAAGUACCCUCAACCGUGUUUAUCAGGACUCUCCAGAAAGAGGCGAGCCGUGAAGUGAUGAAGGACAAGAUUGGGGCGAUGUAUGCUCGAAUGAGCAAACACAUGUCCGAGGAAGGAGGAAUGCUCCCUGUGGCUUGGAAGGCACUGGUAAAGGUCCUCUAUGAAUGGUUUGGGCGUUGGGAGAAGCUCAGCUCUCAAUGCUAUCAGCAUACGCUGGACCCAAGUGCAGUUGAUAUCGUACGAAUUGCGAAGGCUGCAGGAAGUGCAACGGUCAGCACUAUUGAGAAGAGCCCCAGUGGCGACAACCCCACAAAGAAGUCAAUACUGGCCCGCUAGCUACUACUCAAUGAUCAAUAGGUUCUGGCUAGUACCUGUAGUAUCUCGUUGUCGUAGCUUGGCGCGAUCACGCCCUCGAAACGUCCAGCGAUGGCUGUCACUCUAGCUAGCUAGACAUAAGGAUUACUAACUAGGUAGCCGCGCUACUUACUCACCGAUGCAUGGUCCGGAUGGAUGCACUGGAACUUUUCGCGUGGAGCCGAUUGUGGUGUAGAAUGAUGGCAGUUGUGUGUUGUGCAACGACCACAAUGCCCUUCCUAGCAAAGUGCCCGUCCCCAAAAGUCCACUCUAACCCAUAGUAACGUUGUCGUUUCAUGUACUUUUACGGUACCGGUAUCGGAGCGUUGAAACUUGGUCAGGACGAUGUCAAGAAACCCUUCACGUGAAUGGAAUGAUGGAAUAAUUCAAUCAAGAUACACACAAAUCCGCCAGAGUGGUAGAUGCCGUUUUCCAAGCAAAAAGAUCACCAGGAAGAUUUAGAAAGAAAAAUAAAGAGUGGACAGUAAAGCAGCAGUUAGUUCUACUUCACACGGACCGACCUCCUCCUACCUGGAUACCGGUACUCUGCUGCCUCUUGCGAGCGAUUGCUUAGGAUACUUACUUCAUCGAUCGGUGGAAGCAUCUCGGGGCGCGGGACACGGAAUUCACAGCAGCAAAAAGUCGGGCAAAGCUCCUAAUUGUCACUUGCUUUAGCCUGAAGGUCCACACCCCAGAAUUCGUGCUAUCUUCGAUUCUUCUUUUUCUUUCCUCCUCCCUUCUUUCCUCCGCCUUUGCCGCCGCUCAUGUUGUCGAAUACCUUUUCGAGUUUUCCUCGAUCUGCCCCGUUCCAAGUCUGCGUCAUGUUUCCACUUUGGGUAUCAUAGACUUUAAACACGGGGUAGCUCUUGAUCCCUUGAGCUUGUGCCAACUUUUUGGUUUCCUUAUUCUUGUCGCAGACGACUUGUGCACAUUGGACAUCCGCUGAAUGAAGUGAUGCGAGUUCCUCCCAGAGAGGAGCAAUUCCCUUGCAAGCUCCACACCAGGUAGUCACGAACUCCACAACCAUGACAUCCUUGAACGAUGAAGAUGCCUCUCCCAGCAAGCCGUCCAGAUCUUGUUGCGUGUAAACCUUUUUGAUGACGGUUGGCUGAGACUUUCGCGGUGCGUCAUGCUUUUCUUGGUUAUCAACAUUAUUGGCCACAGCCUGGUCCCCUUUUCCUCCCGUCUCUGCCUCUGGAUUAUGGCCAUUGUUAUUCUUCAAGUCCUCUGUUUCUGCUGCGGCUGCUUUCGUGGCUGAAGGGGCUAUACAGAUGCCGUCGGUACAUUCCAUUGGAAGAUCCGUCAUGGUCGGGCUUUGGAAUUCUGAUAUCUUUUCUCAGCUGCGAUGAGUCAUGUUCGUGAAUG